GUCCAAGUAGCAGCAAGGUAGAAUCAUCAGGAAUGCGCCACCGGCGCAAGACAUGGCUGCGACUUUCUUCAUGGCGGUCAUGUCUCAACCUAUUCUCACUGCUAGUGAACCAAACUAGCAAUGCCGGGCCAGAUUACGACCCAGAUUACUCGUUCUCAAGAGCUCAUCUGCAGGGAAUCCAUCAGGUUGAUAAUCACAACAGGAGCUGAAAGAACGGGUGCGGUAUGAUGGCUGUCAGCCUCCGUGCACAGAGUGGUGCCUUUUCGUUAGACCGCGCCUUUCGAUGCAAUUCCCUCAGGUCAAGAGGGGGCAAUCCGGUCAGUCGCAACUCGCAAUGGGCCCAGUUCUGCCAGCAAGCAGGAACACAUGGCCCCAUAAUAAGAAAGGAGAUCUGCCAGCUGUCACAUCAUGUCAUUAGAGGUUCAAGUCGCUACAAAGGUCCUAGAAGAACAACUGCAAUUGGUGGGGAAGCAGGGGGCUUGUGCAGCAAAAUCAGCAGCAAUGCUGUCAGACUGUCAAGACCAAAGCCUAAUGAAAGCUCAAGGGGUGGUACACUGAGCCUAUCUUUGAAGAGAGGCGUCCAAAAGUGUCCGCCUGUCCGUAAUGUGGGGGUAUGCAAAUCGUCGUUGCGGACUGAGCACGCUGAGGGGAUCAGCGCAGGAGAGGAACCGGCGCCUGAGGUGGGGGAUGUGGAGGAACCGGGGGCGGUGGAAGAGGAAAGCAAAGAAAGGUCGUUGUUUCUUGCUGCGGGCGUGGUGGGCCUUGCCACAGUGGGGGCGAAAAUCCUGGGCCUCGGGCGAGAAAGCACGCUGGCCGCCGCCUUUGGAGUGGGGCCCGUCAUGAACGCGUACAGUUAUGCCUCCAUCUUGCCGACUUUCCUCAUCUCCAUGCUUGGCGGAAUCAACGGCCCUUUCCACUCCGCCAUAACCGCCGCCCUCGCCCGCCGCUCCCCGCCUGCCGGGCGCGCCCUCGUCGAAAAAGUCUCCACUCUAGUUCUCCUCACCUUCACUCUCGUCUCGCUAGUAAUCUUCCUCAACGCCCCCGCGCUCGUAGACUUGGCCGCUCCCGGGCUGAUGACGUCAGCGGAGGGCGCAAUGACGUCAGCGAUCGCGGUGGCGCAGCUGAGAGUGAUGGCGCCGUGCGCGCUUCUAGCGGCGCUCCUCGGGGUCGGAUUCGGGAGCCUCAACUCGGCUGGGGUGUAUGCGCUGCCGAGUCUGAGCCCGGCACUCAGCAGCGGAUCCAUCAUAGCAGCGGUGCUCUUUCACUGCUGGCGAAAUGGGGGAACGGCGGGGCUGGGCCCACACAAUGCGAUGGCCGGUGGGAUCGCGGUUGCGAGCGGCUUUCUUGCAGGGGCGACCCUGCAGUGGGCCGUACAGGCGGCAACUCAGCUUCGGCUUGGCCUCGGUACCCUGCGGUUACAAUGGGCUAACCCGUUGACUGACCCCGGGUUAAGAGAGGUUUUGGCCGUCAUGGUCCCUGGAGCUGUCGCGUCGGGGAUGCUCCAGAUUGCCACGUACACCGACCUCCACUUCGCUUCGUUUCUUCCGGGGGCGGCCGCGGCGCUUGGAUACGCGAAUCUGCUCGUGCAGGCGCCACUUGGCAUCCUCUCGAGCGCGCUGCUGGUGCCGAUCCUGCCCCUCUUCGCGAAAAGCUCCGCGCGGGAACACUGGCCUGAGCUGCGGCGGCGAAUACGGCAAGGGGUCAUUCUCGCAGCCGCCGUCACGCUCCCCUUGACCGCCAUCAUGGCCCCCCUCUCCACGUCCGUCGUCAGAGUGCUCCUUCAGCGGAAGGCCUUUGACACUGCCGCCACGGCGCUAGUCGCGCCGCUCGUCGUUGGCUACCAGCUGGGGGCCAUUGCUUACCUCAUCCGUGACGUCUUGGUCCGCGUGUUUUACGCUCUCGGCGAUGGGGCAACGCCCUUCUACACCAGCAUUGCCGCCAUCUUGGCGAACGUCGUCCUUGACUGGCUGGCCGUCCGAAAGUUUGACCUGGGCGCUCAAGGCCUGAUCCUGGCCACUCUCUCGGUGAAUGCCGCAAGCGGCGUCAUUCUCCUUGCCGUUUUGUCCCGACGAGUAAACGAUCUCCGGACCGAGGAGUGGGUCCGGCCGUUGCUGACGAUGGUGGGCGCCGCUGUCGUGGCGGCAUAUGCCACCGCGCUGUCGCACGCGGCCGCGCUCCGGUUCCUCAUGUUUCUCGCACCGCUCGUUACCCCUCCAACGCUGAUGUCCAAGGCCACAUGGUUCGCCGAGUUUUCUGCCUGCGGGUGCGCGAGCAUCUUCAGCCUCGCCACUUUUGUCGCCGUUCUCGUUUGGACGCGACUGCCCGAAGCCGACGCGAUCAGCGUCAGGCUGCGCAAGAAGCUAGGCCUGCAGUUGUAACUAGAUACGGAAAGUUAACCUGAUAACCUGGAUUUUAUUAUGCUGGUUGGCUUGCGAGUUGGGGCGUGCGAGGUACUGAUUGAUUAAAAGAUGAUCAACGCGGAGGUCGCGAGAGAAUAAACGCGUUCUUGUCGAAGUUGCCGACGAUAGGAUAAUGCACGUUCCGGUUCGUCUAGCUGCGCGCUUGCAGCAGAACGCUGCAGUUUCCGGCGCACCUUCGAGUUCCAAGGCCAAUAGAGAUCAGAUUUGCGUCCCGGCCCUUGAAUGCGAUCAUUGAACAUCAAUUGACAAUCCAAGUCCAAACCGUGGUGUCGCUCAUUAAGGUUUGGUAAUGGACAAGAGAGGCUGACUGUAUCCGUCGAAAGUUGAAAUGUGACGUGUGAAUCACUAUUGAUAAAGUGUACUUGGCGAGC